AUGAGUGGCCGCCACGUCCACCAAAACGGCCCCGUCGUCUCCCCCACAGUGCCCACCAACGGCACAUCAGUCACCUCCUCCGCUGUCACCAACGGCGCCUCUUCCUCCUCAGUCCCGCCCUCAAUUCUCAAACUUACCGCCACAAACGAACAGACAUGGCUACUCAUUGGACGAGUGGCUGAGCAAAUGGGUGACCUUGACACUGCGCUGAGCGCAUACGAAAACGCCCUCCGACAUAACUCCAUGUCGCUCCCGGGGCUUACUCAAGUGGCGGGCAUCGCUAGGAUCAAGGAGAACUACCCCAAGGCGCGCUGUCGAGUUCUUCCAACGCGUGCUUGGGCUGCAGGAGGACAACGGCGAAGUAUGGAGUGCGUUGGUCGUCUAGGCCACUGUUAUCUUAUGCAAGACGACCUGCAGAAAGCGUAUUCGGCUUACCAACAAGCGCUGUACCUGCUUCCCAACCCAAAGGCACGCCCGGAGGACCCUAAGCUCUGGUACGGCAUUGGUAUCCUCUACGACCGUUACGGUUCGCUCGACCACGCUGAGGAGGCCUUUUCCUCCGUGCUCCGCAUGGAUAAAGACCUAGAUUUCGACAAGGCGAACGAGAUCUUGUUCCGCCUCGGAAUCAUUUACAAGCAGCAGGGAAAAUAUGACGACUCGCUCAACUGCUUCGACCGUAUAUUGCGCAACCCGCCAAAUCCGCUCGCUCAUGCCGACAUCUGGUUCCAGAUCGGGCAUGUCUAUGAACAGCAGAAAGAUUACGUCAGUGCUAAAGACGCGUAUGAGCGUGUAGUCGCCGACAAUCCCGGACACGCAAAGGUACUCCAGCAGCUUGGGUGGCUGUACCAUCAAGAUGGCUCGUCCUUCCAGAAUCAAGACCUCGCGAUCCAGUACCUCACUAAGAGCUUGGAAGCAGACCCUUCCGACGCUCAAAGUUGGUAUCUUCUCGGUCGAGCAUACAUGGCGGGCCAGAAGUACAACAAGGCCUACGAAGCCUACCAACAAGCAGUCUACCGCGACGGCCGCAACCCGACCUUCUGGUGCUCCAUCGGCGUGCUGUACUUCCAGAUCAACCAAUACCGUGACGCGCUUGACGCCUAUUCGCGGGCAAUUCGCAUCAACCCGUAUAUCUCGGAGGUGUGGUUCGAUCUGGGCAGUCUCUACGAAAGCUGCAACAACCAAAUUUCGGACGCUAUGGACGCGUAUGCCCGAGCUAGCGAGCUUGACCCCAGCAACACGGUCAUUUCUGCGCGGCUGAAUUUGCUGAGAAAUGCUCAGGCGAAUGGCACGACUAUCCCCGCCGCUCCUGGCCCUCAAGAUGUCCACCCGACCGCAUAUGCCAGCGCUGUCGUCCCCCCUCCUGGUUUGGGUGGCCCACCAUUAUUGCUUUCGUCGUCCGGCGCGAACGGACAACGGCCCGUGUUCCGGGCAGACUCCCGGGGGCCGCCGGCCGAGAUUGCACUGCCACCCGCCGGUCAUAACCACCACGGCCGUGGCUCACCAUCUGGUCCGUUCCGUGGCGGUCCCCCACCACCGGUCAUCCUUGACGAAACAAGGCACCCACAGACCCAAACGCUGGCGCCAAUGGAUGUUGAUGGGCCACGGCGUGACCGUGAGAGGGAGCGCGGGCUGCUGCUUCACCACCCAGUCCCACAACCACAAGCUUCACUACCCCCUCCGGAGGACGGCCCGGCACCCUCUUCUGGGCGAAAUGGGCACCAUCACCCACAUCCCAAUCAUUCACAUGGCCAUAUUCAAACACACAACGACUCGUACUUUACCUCCUCUACCUCGAGGCAUCGUCCUCACAGCACGACAUUUGUCAACGCUUACCCAACUGGUGGGCGUGGUGGCCCGCCUCCAGCGCAUCGUUCGCCACGGCCAUUCCCGGGAGAACCGGAAAUGGCUUGGGACCGUCGUGGGUCAGCGGCCGACUACGAUCGUGAACGUGAACGUGAGAGGGACCGGGACAGAGAGCGAGAGCGGGAAAUGGAUCGUGAUCGACGACCACGCCAUUCUGCUGGCGGUGCUGACUACCCUGGGGCUCCACCGUUUUACCCAGGCCGCUCUGAAUCUGUCUCUGGCCACCAUCGUGAGCGUGAACGUGAACGGGACAGGGUUAAGGAGAUGGCUUCUCGCGGGAGGAGUCCUGACACGUCUCCGCGGUCAGGACAUCCGGCGCGGUACUGGGAAACGCCAAGCACCAGCAGCAAACCGUCUGGGCCGGGCCUGCCGCCAAUGCAGCACGCGCCAGAAAAUUCAAUGGGGCCAGUUAGCGGGGGCAGCCGGCGGUAUGACCCACGGUAUGAUGGCCGGGAAAUGCAUCACCGGGACUCGUAUGAGGAUCGGGGCAGAGAAAGAGAGCGGUCAACUUCGAGGGGUGGGUACCCUGGCUCCCAUGCUGGCUCGCCGGAAGGCUUGCGCCAUCCUGCGCGGCCACCGCCACCUGCUCACGUGCUCGCUCCGGGAUCUUCUCGGUCCGAAAGUCCGAUGCCGAUGGGAGGGAAUGGAGACCUGAAGCGGAGGCGAAGCGGGAAAGAGGAGUCGGCCGCAGCACUCAUGGCCUCAUCGGAUAAGAGAAACGAUCGAAAACGGAGGAGUGGCAGGAGUGGGCGGAAGGAAGAUGGAGCGGACACACCAACGCCAAUGCCCAUGCCUACACCAAAGCCGUCUUUCAAUGCUGUUGGUGGGCCAGGUGUUCCAGGCCCCAGCACCGGCGCUUACAAGAUGUCGCCAGGUUACAAGAGCCCUGGACCAGUUAGCUCGAAUGGGUCCGGCUCGUCGGGCCGGUCGGUCCAGCCAUCACCGACAAAUCCUGUUUCGCGGAUGCCAGCGAGAGUGGUGGAUGACGACUACGAUGAGCCAGGUGUGGCUGAUGCACUGAUGGGUCUGUCCUCGUACCGCGAAAUGCCCGCGCCUUCGUCUGAGCAAUCUCCAACUGUGUCUUCUGGCAGUCGACAUAGUGACCGCGACCGCCCGAUUCCGAGCCAUCGCGACUCUGUGUCCUCGACAAGGAGCCGCAACUCACCCCCGGGGGCGUCGCUCAAGCGCCCACUCAGCGCGACCGAUGACGUGGACAUGGAGAGCAGCAAGCGGUCACGUGUCGAUGUCCUUCACCAUCACCGCCGGAGUUCGUCUUCUGGUGGCGGGGCACGGCGCACACCAGUCCCCUCGACGCGGCCGUCGCCGAUUCCGUUCCGGACGCAGGCCGCUGCAGCCCACGACGAAGCACGUGAUCGUGAUGGACAGUACCCCGCGAGCCCUCCGUUGCCAGCAGUGUUCCCGCCACAUCCGCGGCCGGUGGGGAUGGUGCAGGCCCCCGCGCCGAUGCCCAUCUCGCUGCCCCCAAUUGCCACGCUGUCGCCUAGUUCGACUGCUCCGUCGCCGCAACUGCAUCAUGCAGAGGAGAAGAUGCAGGUAGACGUCACCAGUCCACGGCAGCGUCCGUCGCAGUCCCCGCCUGGCUCGGCACGGAAGGGUGAGCGCUCGCCGCCGAAGCAUACGCCCAGCCCGUCCUCCGAGCCGUGA